UCACGAGUCGAGCAAUCUGUUGUAUCGAUACUCAUAGGAGAAGGAAACUGAGUAGGACGGCCAAGUCAUCUUGAGCGAUAUUCAGUGUUGAGCGAGUUCGAGCUUGACACUAGGUGCGGACGGUGGAUAGGAGUGUUUUUCUUUUUCUUUAUUGAAAUUUCGUGCACAUAAUAAACGGCAUUGGCAUUGUUUACAAUAUGAAGACCAUAUUAUUGGCGCUUUGCGCUUUUCUAGCUGUUGCUACAGCUAGAGUGGUGAUCAGAACUGGAGGUGAUGAUACGACACAUCUUCUAGGUGCUAAAGCAUGUACUUGGGGUCCGUCAUACUGGUGUCAGAACUUGACUACUGCAGCAGGAUGCAAAGCAACAAAGCACUGUAUCAAGUCAAAAUGGGAAAACAUGGAGGUGGAAGACGACAAAGAUAGUGUCUGCGAUGUUUGUAAGGAUAUGGUAAAGCAAGCUAGGGAUCAACUAGAAAGCAAUCAAACUCAGGAAGACCUGAAAGCCGUGUUCGAGGGUAGUUGUGCUCUCAUGAGAAUUAAGAUUAUAGUCAAGGAGUGCGACCAACUAGUAGAUCAAUUCAUACCAGAGCUGGUCGAGACUUUGGCGUCUCAAAUGGACCCUUCUGUGGUUUGCUCAGUCUCCGGACUCUGCAAUUCAGCACGCAUUGACAAUCUGCUUCGUGAAUAUGAAGAAAAAAUGACCGAGGAUGAUGAAAUUGUACCAAAGUCCUUAUUCAACGAUGAGCUAGAACCUGAUGAGUGUUCGAAAUGUUACCAUAUAGCAACGCACCUGGAGCACAAGUUAGAGGACAUGUCGCGUGACCAGAUUCUGGAAAAUAUGUUAACUGCAUGUGGUCAAUUUAGCUCCUUCUCUGAUGCUUGUUCUUCCAUUGUUCUUACACACUUCGAAACCAUAUAUGAGCGACUGUCGACCGAAUUCAAAGCAGAAAACAUUUGCCACCUUUCUGGCCAAUGUAGUUCGAGAUUCCAUAAUCAUGAAGAAAUAGAUGGCGAGAUAAUCGAGGUUGAAGUCCGGCCCUUAUCCAGUGUUGGUAUGGUUGAUGUUAGUGACGAACUUCCAUGCAAACUUUGCGAACAACUCGUAGCACACUUGCGGGAUCUCUUAGUUGCCAAUACCACAGAAUUAGAAUUCCAAAAGGUUCUUGAAGGGCUUUGUAAACAGACAAAGUCUUUUUCAUUUGAGUGCACAGCAAUCGUUGACGAAUAUUAUCCACAAAUAUAUUCAUAUUUGACUAAUGAACUGGACGGAACUUCAAUAUGUCAGAUAAUUGGUGUGUGCCCAAGUCCAGAUAAAUCUGUCUAUAAUGGACCGAUAUGGCCUCUUCUCCCUGAAAAACCUGCAGCUAUUGGUGUGAGAAUAAUGAACGAAAAGAAGCACAAUCUUGGCGAAAACGGAGGUGGGAUCAGAAAGCAUAAUUUAGGAGAAAAUGGAUCUGGGCUGAGAAAGCAUAAUUUGGGAGAAAAUGGUUCUGGAUUGAGAAAGCAGGAACCCAAGUCGGAAGCUGAGGAAAUGCAGUUACCGUUAGAAAGGAUGCAGGUUUCUUCUCUGGCGUUCCCUGUUGCAGGAGGUGGUAAUGCGCAAACCUGUGCAUUAUGCGAGUAUGUCUUGCAUUACCUGCAACAAGUCAUCACUAAUCCUACGACCGAGGAGGAAGUGAAAGAAGAAAUUGGAAAAGUCUGUAGAAAAUUACCAAAGACUGUACAGGGCAAUUGUAACCAAUUCAUUGAUGUCUAUGGAGAUGCCAUAGUAGCGAUCCUUGCCCACGAAAUUGAUCCUUCCAUGCUCUGUCCAACUCUUCAUCUGUGUCCAACUGAGGAACUGAUCAAUGCCUGGGACUCAAUUCCUAAAGAUAUGGUUAUCGUAAGUGAGGUCGAAGACAAACCCAGUUGUCCGUUGUGUCUCCUUGCUAUCACACAGUUGUACAAAGUUGUACAGAAUAACAGGACAGAGGCAAGCAUAGAGGCUGCAUUGGACAAACUGUGCAUCCACCUCCCAAAGAAUCUCAAAGGCGAGUGCUUAGAAUUGGUAAAGGUGUACAGCAAGGAACUAGUUGACCUUUUAAUAGCAGAUCUCACCCCGCAAGAAGUCUGUGUAUACAUAAAAUUGUGUGAGGCUACACAGAGCCCUGUUCCAUUUAUUGAGAAUUCUAUCCCUACCGACAAAGAUGGAGAAAUCAUGACAAAUGAGAUCCCGGACUUUCCGCUCUACCCGGUAGUAAAACAAGAAGUCAGCGCUGAUGCAGAGUGUGUGGUUUGCGAGUUCAUAAUGAAGCAGCUAGAACAAUCUAUGAAAUCGAAGCACAGCAGAGACGAGGUUGAGAAAAUUGUGCAUGGAGUUUGCAACAUCUUACCGAAAACUGUUAAACGAGAAUGUAACGAUUUUGUAAACAAGUAUGCUGAUUUAGUCAUUGAUAUGCUUGUGGCUGAGGUCAAUCCCAAGGAUAUUUGUCAGGCAAUCUCCCUCUGUGGACAACAGAUUGAGCAAAUGCAAGAAUCUGUAGCCGAGUGUGCUUUGUGCCAAUCUGUAAUAUCGGCGAUCGAAAAAGAAUUAAAGGACCCAGAAGUGGACCAUGACAUUGAAAUUAUUGUGUCUAAAGUUUGCAAGUAUAUACCAUCUGGAAAACAAAGCAAGUGUGAAUCAAUGAUCGAAGUAUACGGCCGAAGCAUAAUCAACCUUUUACUGUCAUUCGUUGACACUAAAACAAUCUGCACUAAACUUGCACUCUGUUCAGACCGAGAUUACCUAGCAAUGUCAGCAGCCAGCUCAAGAUUGAGGCGUUUCACUAAUCUUCCUAAUCCUAAUCUCGGUCAAAAACGCUGUACAUGGGGAACAGCAUAUUGGUGUUUGUCCGACGUAAACGCCGCCGAAUGCAAUGUUGUGGAUCAUUGCAGGGAGAAAGUCUGGAAGGCAAAUUCAGCGCCAUCAGUUUAAAAUUUGGUAUAAAAUUUAAUAAAUCUAAUUAAGGUUACUAAAGAGCAUCAAGGUAUUCGAUACUCUACUAUAAAUAACAUUGAUUGAAUAACACUUGAAAAAAUAUGAAGAAAUAAUUGAUAAUAAUUAGCAAAGCACUCUUGAGAAAGAUACUUGGCAUAGCUAUAGUUUGUGAAAUUUGAACUAUUGAGAUUGACACUGAAACUGACAACCUCUUGUUUUUCAAAAUAUUGAUGCUAAAAUGUUCCUUAAUUGAAACAAUCCGCCUAUAGUCUAGCCAGUGUCUUUUAUCGUAUUGUAAUAUUGCAGUAAAUUUAUGAAUAGAAUAUAGCUGUUUGAUGUUUGACUUUUUUAUGCAUUUUAAUUAGUCUUUAUCUAUUCAAAAACUCAAUUUUUCAACAGCGCAAGAACGUGAAUGAAUUUUCUGAUUAAAUUUAACUGUGAUAAUAAGGAAAAUAAAAAAAAAGUUGUUAAUAACCCGCUAAUUACAUUAGAACGUAUAGGUUCCGUCCCACAUUAAAAAUUAGUCAGCCAACAAAUAAAUUAUUUCGAGUUAUAA